CUCCCUUUGUAGAAUCAAGAAACCAAAAUUAUAACCAUCUCCCUCCAAUAUUUGCAACACUUUUUGAAUGAGAAAUUCUUGCAAAUCUCCCAUGAAAAUGGAGGCCCUCAACUCUAAUCUUGACUCUACCCUCUCCACUCUCUCCAAAUUUACAUCAAAGCCCACCUCCAAACCCUUCUUCUCUUGCCGAUCUCCGAGAUUGAGCUGUCGGAAGCCCAAGAAAUUUACGGUGAGCAGCAAUAAAAGAGGCAGUUUGGAAUCGCAGAAUGGCAAUUUUUUAGCAGAAAAUGAGGAUUUGAUGAAAAGGGUUGGAAGAGGAGUGCUAGGUUUCGCCGCUGCAGCUUCAUUGUGCUGGGAUUCGUCAGCGUCGGCGGAGUCUCUGACGGUUGCGUUUCCUGUUUCUCACACUCGUGAGGUAAAUACAGUUCAGAGAACUCUUGUUGAGGCAUGGGGCUUGAUUAGAGAGACCUUCAUAGAUCCAACUUUCAAUCAUCAAGAUUGGGACUUGAAACUGCAGCAAACGAUGGUGGAAAUGUUUCCACUGAGGUCAGAAGAUGCUGCGUACAACAAAAUUAAAGGCAUGCUUUCGACUCUGGGUGAUCCCUUCACACGCAUCAUCAGUCCUAAGGAAUAUCAAAGUUUUAGAAUAGGGAGUGAUGGAAAUUUGCAGGGCGUUGGCUUAUUCAUCAAUGCUGAGCCAAAGACCGGCCACCUGGUUGUUCUGUCGUGCAUAGAGAAUAGCCCGGCUGCACGUGCUGGCAUACACGAAGGAGAUGAGCUAAUGGAAAUAAAUGGUGAAAGACUCGACGGGGUGGCCAGCGAAGCAGCUGCACAGAAACUAAGGGGGCGCGUUGGAACCACUGUCACAUUAAAAGUUCACAGUUUUGAUGAGUUGGGGAGUCCUUGUAUUAGAGAGGUUAGGAUGCCUCGCGAAGUAAUCAACCUUUCACCCGUUUCUAGCACCAUCAUUCUCCACAGAGCACCUGAUGGUCACGUAUCAAAAACUGGAUAUGUAAAGCUGUCUACUUUUUCACAGACUGCUGCAAUGGAGAUGGAAAACACUGUUUCUGAUAUGGAGAAUCGAGGUGUGCAGUCAUACAUUUUGGAUCUAAGGAACAAUCCAGGUGGAUUGGUGAAAGCAGGACUCGAUGUUGCACAGAUAUGGCUCGAGGGGACCGAGACGCUGGUGAACACAAUCGACAGAGAGGGGAACAUGCUGCCUAUCAACAUGAUAGACGGCCAUGCCAUAACACAUGAUCCCCUCGUCGUCCUUGUGAAUGAAGGAAGUGCGAGUGCUAGUGAGAUUCUUGCAGGAGCGCUCCACGACAACGGGCGAGCCACCCUCAUUGGACACAGAACCUUCGGCAAAGGAAAAAUACAAAGUGUGACAGAGCUACAUGAUGGAUCAGCCCUUUUCAUUACAGUAGCCAAGUAUUUGUCUCCUUCACUUCAUGACAUAGAUCAGGUUGGAAUCGCACCAGAUGUGCAGUGCUCAACUGACAUGCUAAAUGCACCACGAUCCGACCCUCUUAAGGUCCGGAGCUCUGGAUCCAACUUGGAGAGAGAUUCUUGCAUACUGGUUGCGGAGCAUCAGCUUGAUAUUCAAGAAUCUAAAGGCUCUGCUUCUUGAUACACAAGCUUGUAUAAACUUGGCUUUAUAGAUAUGCUUCUUAAAUAUAUGUAGUUGCAGUAGUAUAUGUUGUUACACCAAAGUUGAUGCUAAUAAUACAUAGUAUUGGUUUAGGUAA